GUUAUACUGCAAGCGUCCACCGACGUUUGCAGGCGUGCGAUCCGCGUUGUGUACUCACAUGUGGCAUGCACUGGUACGCAGAGUGGGAGCGCGAGGAAAAGAAGGUUGGUGCGCGAUGAGGAGCUUGGGAUGGUAUGGAAAGAUGAGCUCGAUGCUUCACGAAAACCUCGAACACCUCCCCAGAACGAGGCCGAAAGAGUUCUGAACUUUCUCGAAUCUAUGCGGGUCCCUCAGCGUGAAUCGGGUAAGGGCAUAGCGGAACAGGAGUCGUCCGUUUCCAUGAGCACCGUGAAAGUUCCUCUGCCCAGCAGCCGCGAGGAGGAAAGGCGCACCUCGUCCCGCCUGAGGGCACAGUCUCCCUUCACGCGCUCCUCCCGGAACCAGCAGUACGAAGCGAAUAAUGAAGGGUUGCGGUCGAAGCUCAAGCGGCCUCCACGACAGGAAAAGGAAUUGGGAAUGAGUAUUGGAGGAGCGGGAGACCGCAGUAAGGGGGAACCUGCGACGCGAACGCGACAGGCCGCUUCUGCAAGCGCUGUAGAAGAUGACGGAGCAAGCGGCUCGGAGGACGAGACGGCACGGAGACCUACCACCCGUUCGAAGAGGCAGGAGCGCGAAUCAUCGUUCGACGAUGAGGUUGAGGAGCCGCCUCGUCGGCGCAAUGUGAUAAGGACUCGCGCCCAAAAGCAACAGAUAGCACCUGAUGCGAUGGAUGAAGGUGCAGAAUCGUCGCCCAGACGACUGAGGUCCGGCCGUGCUCUUCCAGCAUCUGCACCAGCGCCGCGCGCAACACCAUCGCCCAAAAAGCCUGCUGUGGAGCUACCUCCAAGCGCGGCAGCCUCCAGGACUGGCAGCAUUGGCGAGGUGUCACGUGCUCACAGCAAGGACACCUUCAAAGUCUUGGUCGAUCAUCCCAAUGGGAGCAGGCAGAAAUCUAGCCUUCGACAGCGUUCGGACAAGCAAGGCCCGGUAACGCGAGAGCCUGCAGCCAGACCGCGCGGGACUAACAGGGUCGCUUUUGUGGACAGCGAUGAUGAGGAGAGCAGCGCUGCGGAAGAGGCUGCAAGCCAAGAGCUUAAGAAGGUUGACUUGCCAAAGAUUGCUUUUCCGGCUGGCUUCAAGUUUACCCCAACGACCUCCCCGAGUGGAACUCCUCCUCCUGCGUCUACGCCCCUUGCAGCUUUGCCCGCACCGGGGGAUGAUGCGAAUCAUGAGGCGGCUGCCGCCUCCAACGUAUCAACACCCAGCGUUUCAGCCAGCAACUUCGAACCCCACAGAUCAGCAUCCGUCUUUGAGGCUGCGCCGCCUUUCUCUGCAGCUCCUGGCGGUGGCGUCAAGCAGCCCGGAGGCUCGACUCUUGGCGUGGGGGAAAAGGCAGGCGGCGUCUUCAGCUCCGCUGCUCAGCCUUCUGGCGACUCACUCCUCUCGCGCAUAGCGCCACCUCCCGCACAAAGCGAGGAUGAGUCAACCACGCCGAGGAAGCCACCUCCAAAGAUCGGCUUCACCCUCCCAGAAACGAAUCACACAGCGAGCAAAACCGAGGCGGAAGUCGGGGGGCCUCCGAAGCCUUUAUUUCCUUCUCAGCCAGCACUUGCCUCGACUGCAGCAUCUCCAGGGUUCUUUUCCAAGCCAAGCAAUGCGACACCCAUAGAACACAGGCAAGAUGAGCGCAAUUCUGGACCGCCUCCCAACUUCUUUGGAGCUGCAGGCGUAUCUGCACCAGCCAAGUCGAAUCCCUCCACAAACACGAUUCAGCCUGCGGGUAGCGUCGUGCCCUUCUCAUUCGCGAAGCCUGCUCCCAAUGCGCAAGAACAACCAGUCACUCCCACCAACACGUUCUCAUUUGGGCAGCUUCCAGCGCCAGCACCAAAAACCGGCAGCUUCUCCUUUGGCCCGGCGCCCUCACUCUCGAAGCUGGGCAGCGAGGCAGAGCAUACGAACAGCGACGGUGGUGCAAAUACAGCUCCUGUCGCGUCGCCGUUGACGGCUAGCGGCAAACUGGGGGAAAGUGUUGGGCUAGGAACUCCGUCACAGCCUUUUAACGGCUUUGGAGGGCUAGCCAAGCCGACUUCCAGCAACAAGCGAGCAGCGGAGGAUGAAAACCACGAAGCUCAAUCAAGUGCCAAGAAAGGCCCCUCGCAGCCGGAUUUGAGUGGCGAGAGCUCGAAACCUGUGUCUGCAGCGCCAUUCUCGUCCUUUGGUUCUGGCGGCGCAGCGCUGCCUUUCGGCACCGCGGCAUCGUCGAAGGCUGCUGCUAGUGCUGGGCCAACAAAUUUGUUCACCGGAUUCGGGCAGACGCCGGGCAAGAGUGGAGCCGCAGCGCCUGCGGGUACAUCCGCAUCGACUGCCAGCUCGACUUUCAGCUUUGGCGCCGCACCUUCUACACCUGCUCCAGAGGCUGCCCAACCGGGAUUCUCUUUCGGCGCAGCCGCCAGCGCGGCGCCUUCCAGUACACCGUCUGCCUCCACUCCAUCUGCCAUCUCUGCCUCCAACCCUCCAGGCCAGCCAGCUCACGCCACCGGUCUGUUUGGAAAUGCUGCGCCGAAUCCCAAGCCUUCGCAGGCCCCCUUCAAAUUCGGUGCGCCGAACACUGCACAGAAUGGCGCGGUCGCGUCCAGUGCAGCGCCAUCGCAGCCAGUGGCUGCCGCUUCAUCAAAUGGCGGGUUCGGCGCACCGGCCAUCAAUACGUCUGCCGGGCAGUCCUUUGGCUCUGCUUCUCCUGCGUCGCCUGGCGGCUUUGCAUUUGGUUCGACUUCUUCAAACCCGCCCAUGACGGGCUUAUUCGGCUCCAACGUCAACUCUGGCGGUUUCAACGCCCCAGCUGCGUCUGCUUCCGCCGGCAAUGCCCCUGCUCCCUUCAAAUUCGGGACGCCAGCCAAUGCGGGUACCGGCACUGGCAAUGGCGCUUUUGGCGGCUUCGGUGCUGGGGCAAAUGCUCAAGCUAACCCGACCGCAUCGAGCGGUGGAUUUGGAGCGUUUGGAAGCGGUAGUUCGAACAGCAUAGGUUUUGGGGCCAAUGCGCAGCCCUCGGCAAGUGACAGCAGACAAGAAUCACCCUUCACGUUUGGCCAACCAAGUAAUGCGCCCGGUGGAGGCAAUUCUAGGCAAAGCUCACCUUUCACGUUCGGUGUGCCGCAACAAGGCAACGCGCAACAGCCAAGUCUAGGAGCUUUCGGCUCUGGGGCAAGCAACAAUGCCGGUGGCGGGUUCACAUUCUCCGUGCCCAGCCCUGCCGGAAGUCGAGGAGCCUCGCCAGCUGCAGCGCCAGCCAAUCCAUUUGGUCAGGCGCCACGAACAACACAUCACAGCCUGCACAGCCGGCCUCCCCAUUCCAGUUCGGUGCUUCACCGGCCGGCGCCGCCGGCAACAAUGGGGGCCUCACUACGCCUACCACUCCUACAGGCGGAGGCAUGUUCAACCUUGGCGCAGCUCCCACCACGCGUCAGACGAAGGCAAUGCCGAAGACGAGAAGGAGACAAGCAUGAAGUGAUUGUCGCACGCCGUUCCGCAGUACAUCACACGACUGUCAGGUCCAUUGACUUAUGUCCCUCCGUGCUUCCGCACAUAUGAGGCGGCGACUCAAGUGUCGCAAACCCCUCUCUCGCAACAGUAAUGAUGCUGCAAUUCUACAUUUCGAAGGCGAUUAGAAGGGGGCUGUGAACAGUUUGCGCCUGUGCCAAUGAUCUGGAUUCCUCGAUCCCUGCUGCCGCUAGAUUGUGGACAAGCGUCGUCUUGGUGAUUACUGUUUGAGUUGUUCAG